CUAUUUGCUUAACUGCCUUUGGAGCACAGAAUACUUUAUCUAAACGGUUUUGAGAUGAAGAAAGAUAUCGACAAAUUAAUAGCUGAUGAACGGGCUGAGAUCAUUUUAAAAUAUGACAAGGGACGAGCAGAGGGGGUUCACAUUAACCCCUGGGAGGAUCCCAACUACAACCUCUUCAAGGUCAUGGACCGAUUUGGCUUCCUGCAUGAGGAGGAGUUGCCCACACCGAAUGCAGUGGAGGAUAAGCAUAAAGUUCAUGAGAUUGAAAGGGUGGAGAAAUGGCUAAAGAUGGUGAAAAAGUGGGAAAAGUACCAGAACAGUGAGAAGAUGAUAAAGCGUGUGUAUAAAGGGAUUCCCCUGCAGCUGCGUGGACAGGCCUGGGCGCUCUUGCUGGAAUUGGAGAAGGUGAAGAAGCAGAAUGAGGGGAAGUAUGAGAAAAUGAAGGAACAAGCCAGGAUCUACUCACAAGAAAUUAAACAGAUAGACCUGGAUGUUAACAGAACCUUCAGGAAUCACAUCAUGUUUAUGGAAAGAUUUGGAGUCAAGCAGCAAGCCCUGUUUCAUGUGCUGGCAGCUUACUCUGUCUACAACACAGAGGUGAGCUACUGCCAAGGCAUGAGUCAGAUAGCCGCUAUAUUGCUUAUGUACUUGAACGAGGAGGAUGCAUUCUGGGCCCUAUCACAGCUGCUCACCAACCAAAAACAUUCCAUGCAUGGAUUCUUCAUCCCUGGCUUUCCCAAACUGCACCGUUUUCAGGCUCAUCAUGACCAGAUACUGGCUAAACUUCUACCAAAGCUCAAGAAACACUUAGAUAAGGAGCAGAUGACUACUGGUAUAUACACAACCAAGUGGUUCCUGCAGUGCUUUAUAGACAGGACACCCUUCACACUGACUCUGCGGCUUUGGGACGUUUACAUCCUCGAAGGAGAAAAGGUUCUACCUGCUAUGGCCUAUACUGCCCUGAAAAUCCACAAAAAGCAACUGUUGAAGAAACCUUUGGAGGAUCUGCGGGAGUUUCUGCAGGAAUCAAUUGCAUCUUCCUUUCACUUGAGCGAUGAUGCCGUCAUAGAGCAGCUUCAGGCCGCUAUGUCUGAGCUACGAAAAAUGAAGCUUGACCUUCCCCCUGCACCAAAAGCUGAUGAGCUCCCAAUGAAGCCUCUAGGUGUUGAGCUUCCACUCCAGCUAACCCCAGUAAACACUGUCCAGCUAGCUGAAGACGUUCACCAAAGCUCUCCAGCUCUCCCACACAUACCGGAGCCCGUCACACAGAAUCAGACUCCACCUAAACCUCCAGCCACUCCAGUGUUACCACAGAUCAAACCACUGCGAGCAGUUCCGCCUGUUCCAUCCCCAAAACCUGGAGCUAAAAAUUCAGCGGAGGAGAGGCUGGUUCUUCCCUCCACAUGCCAUUCUGUCUUACCGGACAGCACUUCCGAUUCACCACCCUCAGGAGAGUCUGGCUUCCUCGCCGAGUCGGGCGGAUGGCCGCCUCCAUACCAACCCUCUGAGAACGAUCAAUCCAGUGUGCACUCUUUAAACCUCCCUGAACUGCCUCCACCACCUCUGCCCUACCUCGACCCAGAGUCUGGGAUUGAUCUUUCCACUUUGGAGGACUCGUCCCCACCAGCAACUACUCAGCUGCUUCUUAUUCAGAAUGAUCCAUCAUGCUCGCCGUCCUCAUACAGAGCACCGAGGCAGCUUGAAAAGUUCCCUGUUAAUUUCUACAUGCCCGGGUCCCCCAGCUGUCGGCGGCCUUCUCAUUAUGACAACUUGUCUGAAGAGGAAGAGUCUAUCGGGGAGAAAGAGCCGGAAAAAGAUGCCAGCCGUUCUGCUCAGCACUGGCCUCCUCCGCCUAGUUUUUUUUACAUUCCCGAAUCAGCACCAGCUCUUCCGCCAAAGAAAUGUGCCUACGCCAGGCAAGAACUGACUCAAGCACAGGAAUACCCAGCCACUAACAACUGGGUGACACCAGACUGCACCUUACCUCAGCCCCCAUCUGAGUUUGCAGACUCCCCUGUGCUCUCCGUUAGAUCCAUUCGGGCCGAGCACAUCCAGGGCACUUACAGGAAUCAAACGCAGUAUCCCAAAGUGCCAGUAAAGCCCGCAGCACUUUCCUCUGGACGCGCUCCUUUGUGUGCCCAGUCAGACUUCAACAGGAUGCGUGUGCCGAAUUGCUAGCCGCCAAAGCAAGUGACCUUUUAGCACAGGAAACUUUGCACUUUUCCUUUGUGCCACUGCAAUAAAAAAAGAAACAAAGGCUGGGUCCCUUCUCUCUGAUCAGGAUUUGUAAAUGUCACGCCAUACUGUUAUGUUUUAAUCACAAUAUGUAAUAUGUUCAUUUGAUGUGUGUUUAUAGUGUUAUUUAAUGUUGUGCGUGUGUUUGUGAAACAGCAGUUACGUUAUUGUUCUUGUAUGCAUUUGGUUAGUUUUGUUGCUUUUAGCAAAGUAAUUUAUCAGAAUAUCAGUAUUAUACUGUAUAAAAGUGUGUACAUAGACCUUUUACUAAAAUAAUCCACGUUUAUGAUUUCAUGAAUGAAAUAAUUGGUGCUGAAAUCAGUGUGGAUUUGGGGCAACAUUGGUGUGCUUGUAUAAACACAUUCAGUCAACAGUCAACCUACUAAUUGACUAUCUGUUUAAAAAAAUUGUUAAAAAAAAGACGAUCUUCAAACGCACUCUUACCUUCAGUACCACCAAAGCAGCCUGUUUUCUUACACUCCUGUCAGCAGCAUUAAUGAUCAAACCUGUUGUUUAUCCUGAUAGUGACGUUAUGCAACGAAGUGACCUGAAAGUCAGUCAUUGUUAGUCACUGAAAGCUGGUGAUUUAUGCUGGAGGUUUAGCGAUUAGCAGUGGUAUGAUGAGCAAUGUAAGAAAGUUGAGGAGAGUUUGAUUUCAACCAGAAAUUUGUAAUACAAAAAUUGUUGGUUCAUUAUGAAAAGGUAAAUAAUCCACUAAUAUGUCAAAUAUUCCCUUAGAGAGAAGUGUAAGUUGCUGCUGGUGUAAACAUAAGGAGUAUUGGUGCUGUAACACUGGUGUAAAGUGUUGUAAAAAUUAUCUUUCCCCUUUCUGAUUUCUUCUAUUUUACAUGUCACACUUAUUUAGGAUUGAAACUAUCUGACCCACUGUCCACUGUUACAUCCUUAAAGUGUUCUAGUACAUUUAAAAUAACCCUAAUUUUGUCAUUCCAAGCUGGACUUGCUCAUGUGCUCUAAAUCAUCCUUGCUACAUAACCUUUAUGAUUCUGUUAAGAGAACAAAUGUCAUGGUUCCUGGUAGACACCCGGUUAGUCAAUAGCAUUGCUGAGAUUCUAACCUGCACCUUAGCACUGGUUGGAUAGUGUAAUAUACCGCUGCACAAUUAAAGCACUGGUCAUUUUUUACAUUUGACAAAAACAACUUAAUAUCCCUGUUGGUUAACAGUUUUUUAUUACCUUUGAACUCUCAAAGAGUAAAAUGUUUAUGUAGAGUCUUGGUGUAAUAAUGCAAUAAUGAAUGCUGAUUUUAUCUGAGGCGAGGCGAGCAAGGCAUGCAGUUUCUUAGAUGUUAAUUUGGGUUCCCUUGGAACCAAACAAAUAGUUGAUGUGCUUUUGGCAAAUUCUUGGAAGAAUUACUACUGUUUACCUUUUAAUUUUAAAAACAGCAUAGUGUGUUGUUUGAUGUGCUCCUUUAACCACUUCACAUUGUUCAAAGGGGUUCUAUUUAAGUGAUGUUUUGCUUGAACAGGGCUGUCCUUAAAAUCUGGUCUAUUAGUUGGUUAAGUAUCUAAGCAAUUACUUUAUCACAUGGAGGCGAGUAGAAUGUUUAAUAAAGUGGUAGCCUAGUGGGGCAAGCUUUGGGCUAUCAAACGGAAUAUUGUUGGUUCGAAUAUGGGCUCUGCUAUGCAGCCACUGUUGGGCUUUUGAGCAGGCCCUUAACCCUGCGCUCUGACCCCAGCUUUCCAAACAAACUGGGAUUCGCGGAAAAAAUGUGUGUAUGUAUGACAAAAGCAUUCUUCUUUUAAAUAUGCAAAAAUAGAAACAGAAACGGGACAUGUACUUUUCAUAGCAAAAAAGACACAUUUGUGCAUACCCCACUCCCAUUAUAUGCGAAAGAAUGUGUUUAUUCCCAUAAAGUUUCUUUGUUAAUGUAAAUAUGAAUGUUGGUGAUGAUGAGCAGCCACCUAUGUACACAGUUUAUACACACACCUGAUCUGCACGUAUGUACACAGUGCAAGCUGAGCACACCUAUUUGAAGGUAUUAGUCAUGCAGAUAUCAUGUCAUAUUUCUUGUUUGUCUACAGUAAACACACUCUCCAAAAUAUUGCCCUUCCUGACAUUUUCAGAAGUAAUAAGGAUCAUCAGCCAAUUUCAGGGCAUCACUGAGGACAUUGAACUACUUGACACUGCAUGAGAGGCACCUGGAGCAACAACUGGAUUCAUGUGUUGGUCAUCACACUUCCAAAUUUUGUCAAUGACUAAACUGAGAAGAAAAUGUGUUUAAUAAGUAAUCAUUUUAGGUGAGGUCCAUGACUUACAGUGGUGUAGGUUUUUAUUGGUUUCUGUAUGCAGCAUUUUUCUUUGUUUCAUCUAAAACAUAUUACAUAAAGUGUAAAAUGUUUCAAGUGUUUAUGUGUGCAUGUUUGAAGGAUGUAUAAUUACUGGGUGUGACUGACUCCUGUAGUAUGGAAAUGAAGACCUUAAAUAGAAGGUUUGUACCCUACAGCUGAACAGCAACCCCUUGUGGGGGAAUUUGAGAGGCUCGUCUAAACAGGAGACAUGUCAGCCAGAGAGAGUAAUAUUUAAAUGUAAAAAAGUUGGCUCUUAUUAUAUAAAUUAAGUAUUCUUUUUUUAAUUUGCUGUUUCUCAACUUAUCUCUUUAACUUUUUAUAGCAAUUUUACAUGAAAACCCAGAGAACAUUUUUGUAGCAAAGCUAUUCAACAAUUGUUAUAAAAAAAAAUCUGAACAAAUCAA